AUGUAGAUACGAAUUUUAAACUCUCAAAAUCACACUGAUUUUCAGUUUUUUUUUCGUACCAUAUUAGUUAGAAAUGACUCUGCCAUCGUGGCCUCUCUUAACCUCGGUUCUUGCAUUCUUUUCUCAUAAUUUUUUUUUUGAGCAUCGUUAUUUUUUUUAUUGCUCAUUCGUAGAGUCAAGAUAAUCUAACGGGAAAAUCUACUUGGAAGUCAGCUUUCUGUAAUUAGCAACAAAAUAUACUUGAGGUAAAGUGUCAGUUUCCGUUAGGCUAACGCGUGUCUUUUGCGGUUUUCUUUUUUUUUUUUAAUUCAGAAAAUAGACAAUUGCCGAUGGAGAAGUAUUCGUAUAUGUAUUCUAUUUUAUCGGGCUCCAUGUUGUGUAAAUAAUAAAUAUUAGUAAAAUUCAUAUCUAUAAAAUAUUUUUGUAUCUUGACAUUUCAAGAAGAUUGUAUGAGUCAAAAAAUAGAAAAACCAGUGCUGUCAGGUCAACGCAUAAAGACCAGAAAAAGAGAUGAAAAAGAAAAAUACGAUCCGACAGGGUUCAGAGAUGCAAUUCUUCUUGGAUUGGAAAAAGCAGGUGAUGAUUUAGAGGCAGUAUCAAAAUAUCUUGACACAGCUGGAUCCAAACUUGAUUAUCGUCGUUAUGGCGAAGCACUUUUUGACAUACUCAUAGCCGGUGGUCUUCUCGUACCAGGUGGCUCAAUUGCUCAAGACGGUGAUAAACUUGUUAAGACACGAGCUUGUGUUUUUGCCCAACCAUCAGAUAUGGAGUCGAUGAAAAAUUAUGAACAAGUUUUCAUGAAAUUAAUGCGUCGUUAUAAAUAUCUUGAAAAAAUGUUUGAAGAAGAAAUGAAAAAAGUUUUGGUGUUUAUCAAAGGUUUUUCACCUGAAGAUAGAAUGAAACUUGCGCGUAUGACAGCACUUUGGAUUUCAAAUGGCUCAGUACCACCAACAUUACUGUCAGUUCUUAUUAAUGAACAUCUGAUUAAAGAUAAUCUCGCGCUUGAUUUUCUACUUGAAGUAUUUGUAACAUGGAAAAAUGAAAAAGGCUUACAGAGUUUAACAACAGCACUUAAACGUGGUGGAAUUGAAGGCAAACUUAUGGAAUUUGUACCACUAAACAAAAGAACUGAAGAAUAUUUUCGUACAACAUUUGAAGCUGUUGGUCUUGAUGAUAUUGUCAAGCUCCAUAAAGCACAAGCCAGUCAAAAAGCUAAGCGUGAUUUACAACAAUUACUUGAAGAUGAUUUGAAUGAUAAAAAACAAGUUAAAGAUAUUGUACUGGAUGUUAAAGAAAUGGCACUUAAACGUGGUAUACCUGAACAUGAAGUGAUUGGUUUAAUUUGGGGUGUUGUCAUGAGUUUGGCUGAAUGGAAUAAAAAAGAAGAACUUGUUGCUGAACAAGCACUCAAACAUCUACAAAUUUACACACCACUUUUUGGUGCAUUUACAACAACUGCCAGAUCUGAACUUGCUCUUAUUAAUAAAGUUCAAGAAUUUUGCUAUGAAAAUAUGAAUUUCAUGAAAGCCUUCCAAAAGAUUGCUCUUCUUUUCUAUAAAAAGGAUGUUAUUUCGGAAGAAGUAAUACUUAAGUGGUACAAAGAAGGACACUUGGUUAAAGGAAAAAUGCUCUUUUUGGAUCAAACCAAAAAAUUCAUAGAAUGGCUUCAAAAUGCUGAGGAGGAAUCAGAAUCCGGCGAGGAAGACGACUAAAUAUCAUUUUUUUUUUUUUUUUUUAAUAAAUACAUAAAAUCAACACGAGUUUUUAUGUCUUGGUUUGUGUUAAAAUAGAGAAAAAUAAAAAAUAAAAUUUUUUAGAAGAAAAAAUAUUAAGACAGAACUUCAACCGGUACAGAAACAAUUGCUGAUAAAAAAAAGAAAAACAAUAAAAUUUUAGAUUAUAAUUUUUCAUUUGUAAUAAAUCAAAAAUAUUUUUUUUUGAGUAACUUCAAUGUGUCAAAUUUGCCACUAGUAUAUAAAAGCAAAAAUAGGCCCAUUUGAUCAAUUUAAUACGUAUUCUGUCUGAAACUUGACUGACAACACAAAAAAAUGAUUAAAAAUAAACAUGAACUUGAUCACUUGACAAGUAUGCAAGGGUAAUGGGUGAAAAAUGCUAAUUGAUGAAAUUCAAAAGGCCAAUUGUGAAAUUUAAUGAACUACAUUGUGCAACAAAAGAAAAAAACAUGAAUUAUACAAACAAUGAAAUGAAUUGACUUAAAUUAUUGAUUGAAUGAUUAUAAAUUGAUGAUAUGUUGAAUAUUAUUAAUUUUGAAAAUAAAUUAUUUUGUGUUUACUUUUUACAAACAAGAAAGGAUAAUAAUAUGCAAUCGUACAAUUGUGUAUCUAUAUACUCAAUAAUAAGAAGUAAAAAAAAUCGACCAGCAGAAAAAUAAAAAGAACAACAAAACAUUUUGUAGUAUUCUGAAGUACAAACUAUCAUCAAGAUGCCAACAAUAAAAAUAAUGUCUGACAGUCAGUGACAGGUGA